GUCUGGUUAAAUAUUUAAUGUAGUGUGUGUGUGGUAGCGUUUGUACAACUACAUAGUGGUCGUCUUGUGUUAUUUUUACUUUUAUUUAUUUUUAAUUUAUUAAAAGUUUGUUUUACAGUAAAAAUAUUUAUUACGUUGUAACUCUAGGUUUAAAUCGUCAGGUGAAGGACUCAGAAUGCUAAAAACUAGUGUGUAAAUAUUAAUCCAACAGGUACUGUUAGAGUACCUCACCUGCGUAGUCCCUUUCUACUACAAAAUAAUCAUUUGGUGCGUCCUACGUUAUUCCAAUAGUGUCAGCGAGGCACCAUGGCAGAAGCCCACUCAGCUGUUGCCUUCUCAUUUGCCAUCACCCACGAUGGCUGGGAUGUCAACUUUGACCGAGAAGUGCUUUAUCUGGUCUGGGAGUCUGGUCUCCGCUCCUGGAAGAAACGCCUGGCGCGCUUCAAGAACAGCGUCCUGAAUGGAGUAUACCCCGGACAUUUGCAAUCACUGUAUGUGCUGUGGACCCUGCUCGCAGCUGCGCAUUUUGGAGGCUUUCAUAUACCCUUUGGCUUAGUACAAAAAGCACUAAGCGUGUUACCUGGCUCCUCGACGAUGUGGCAAGUAAUCGCCUGUUUACUGGCCGCCCUCACUAUGUGGCUUUCCGUUAUAUUUCUCAUGAGAUAUAUGCUAAAGGUGCUGCUUAUGUACAAGGGUUGGAUGUACGAGUCGCGCGUACCCGGGUCGAAGAUAUCACUGAAAACAAAGUUAUGGGCUAGCGUCGUCAAAGUGUUGUCAGGCUGGAACAAGCCCCGGCUGUACAGCUUCCAGGGGUCCCUGCCGAGACUGCCCCUGCCCAGCGUGAAGGACACCAUGAGGAGGUACUUAAUCAGCGUGCGGCCCUUGUUAGACGAUGAAAAUUAUCGCCGGGUGGAAAGAUUAGCGAAAGAGUUUGAAGAGACAAUCGCUGUCAAACUACAGAGAUAUCUCGUGCUGAAAUCAUGGUGGUCAUCCAACUACGUGUCGGAUUGGUGGGAGGAGUAUGUUUACCUGAGGGGAAGGUCCCCUCUCAUGGUCAACUCCAACUUCUACGGAACCGACGCCAUUCUGCUGAAGCCCACGACCAACCAGGCGGCGCGCGCCGGGGUCGUCAUAUACCUCUGUCUGCAAUUCCGAAGGCUUAUUGAUAGACAGGAACUGGAACCAAUAAUGCUACAAGGCAUGGUGCCCCUGUGCUCGGCGCAGUACGAGCGGCUGUUCAACACGGUGCGCGUGCCCGGCGUGGAGAGCGAUAAGAUCGUGCACUACCAGGACUGCAGCCACAUCACCGUCUACCACAAGGGCCGCUACUUCAAGGUCAUCAUCUACUACAGGGGACGGCUGCUCAAGCCGGCGGAGAUACAAGUCCAAAUCCAGCAGAUCCUGGACGACAAGUCGGCGCCGCUGCCGCACGAGCCGGAGCUGGCCGCGCUGACGGCGGGCGAGCGCUCGCACUGGGCGCACAUCCGCCAGACCAUGUUCAACCGGGGCCACAACCGCACCUCGCUGCACUGCAUCGAGCGCGCUGCCUUCAACGUCUGCUUAGAUGACAUGGAGUACGGGUACGAUGAGAAGGACCCGAGCAAAUUGGACGAGUAUGGGCGCGUGCUGCUGCACGGCAAGGGCUGCGACCGCUGGUUCGACAAGUCCUUCAACCUCUGCUUCAGCACCAACGGCUACGUCGGAUUCAAUGCGGAACAUACAUGGGCCGACGCGCCUGUGAUGGCACAUCUUUGGGAAUAUGUUAUUUGGAGCGAAAUAGAAAUCGGAUACGCCCCGGACGGCAACACGCGGGGCUCGGUGGAGACGCCGCCGCCGGCGCCCAUCCGCCUGCAGUGGGAGCUGGAGCACGAGGAGCUGGCCAGGGCCAUCGACACCUCGUACUGCGUCGCGCAGAAACUGCUCAACGACGUCGACCUCAAGAUACUAAUGUACAACAAGUAUGGGAAAGGUUUCAUGAAGAAAUGCCGCGUGUCGCCGGACGCGUUCAUCCAGCUGAUCCUGCAGCUGUCGUACUACCGCACGGCAGGCCGCUUCUGCCUCACCUACGAGGCCUCCAUGACGCGCCUGUUCCGCGAGGGCCGCACGGAGACCGUGCGACCCUGCACCAUCGAGAGCUCCGCCUGGGUCACGGCCAUGGAGAACCCUAACGCCACCGUUGAAGAGAAGCUCGAGCUGUUCAGCAAAGCCGGUCAGCGGCACCAGCUGGGCUACCAGGACGCGAUGGCCGGGCGCGGCAUCGACCGCCACCUGUUCUGCCUGUACGUGGUCUCCAAGUACCUCGAGCUGGAGUCGCCCUUCCUGCAGGAGGUCUUCAACGAGCCCUGGCGGCUGUCCACCAGCCAGACCCCGCACGGUCAAACGAGCCUGCUGGACCUGAAGAAGCACCCGAAGUGCAUCAGCACGGGCGGCGGCUUCGGGCCCGUGGCCGACGACGGAUACGGCGUCUCUUACAUCAUCGCCGGCGAGGACCUGGUGUUCUUCCACGUCUCCAGCAAAAAGAGCUGCCCCAAGACGAGCUCGACUAACUUCGUGAAUCAAAUAGAAAGAUCCCUGAAAGACGUCCAAGACCUCUUCAACGAAUGUAAUAAAAAAAAGAAUGGGGCUAAAAACAGCAAAUAGUACAUAGUAGUAGACUCGUACACAGUUUUAUAUAAUGUCGCAGUCUCUUGUUGUUGUUGUAUUGAUUAUGUAGUUUAGUAAAAUUUUAAAAUAUUAGGUUUAUGCGAGGACUACGAGUAUUUGCUAAGAUUUUUUGUAGCGAGACAUAGGCACAAAUGUACGUACGUUCAAGGACCAAAUCCAUCAAAACAUCGGCAUGUGUUCAUGUAUCAUGUAAAAUCACAAGAUAAAUUAUGAUAAUAGGUUAAAUCAUUAUGACCAUACAUUUGACAAAAACUGAUUAGAUAUAUGCAUGUUGAAGUUUGUUAUUCAUCGAAAAUAUUUUUUUAUAAAUUUUACCAAAUCUUACAAAUUCAGUGCCAAGAACAAGCUAGGUGUGUUGUGUUUGUAUUGGAAAUGGGGCGCUUGGCACUGAACGUGUUAACGUUCGGUAGGCGUUUUGUAGGACAGAGUAAAUGGUGGUAACGUUCUGAAGUGACUAGCCAGUGGGUGUGCCCGGAGGUGUCAGAGAGGAGCGGCCCGGCCGAGCAUGCUGCAUACGAGGUGGAGCCUGAAACGGCAUUCAAUUGCCGCUCGAAUCAAUCCAAACUAGGUUAAUUUAUUUUAGAUACAUUCUUAGAAUCAUAUACAGUGGUUAAAUAUGAUAAUCUUGAAUAUUUAUAAUUUGCUUUUAUCUGCAUUUUAUUGCUAAGAGGUAAGUUGCUAUAGGUAUAUAUCACAAGUUAUAUUUAGUAAUGUGUCAAUAACGAAGAAUAGAAAGUAUCACUCCAUCUUAGAAAACAUAUUCUCACCUCUGCUGUAAGUCUUUACUAAACUCAGUCUAGAAGAAAAAGUGUAAAUACAUUUUAAAUAAAUAUAUGCACAUUAAUUGUACCAGUGAAUUAUUAUUUCAAUUCAUUUGGCAAUGCCAAUCAUUUAUUCAUUAUACGUGUGUAAAUAUUCAAAAAUAAAAUCAGUCAAUAAUUACUUCAAAAAACUUAUAUUCAUUAAAAAUACAAGAAUGAACUAAAUGACAUACAAACGAAGACACUUCUUAGAAAAAACUUAUUACGUUGUUAAAUAUAUUACAUAAUGUGGCAAUUUUACGUUUCUCAGUAAUUACCUAUUUAUUGGUUCAGUUUUCAGAAGGAACCAACAUUGCCAAAAGAUCCGCGUCUUAACUCGUCGGUUGACUUAUCAUUACGUUUCUCGAUUCUGUCACACUAUUCGCUUAUCUAUUUGUCUAAUACUCUAUCGCUUGUCUUUCGUGCUAUUGACGGAGAUGCGCGGUGUUUUGUGCUAGCCCAGUGUGAACUACUUUACUGAUUACUCGUACUCGUAAACGUACUGUAGGUAUACAAUACACCCAUAUUUUCUUUAAAUGUUUCUAAAAGUCCUUCUGUAAUGUAUUUGCAAAAUGUAAUGUGUAAAUAAUAUGCAUAUGCUUAAAUGUGUACUUAUAAUGUUAGGAAUGUUGGACAAAAGUUUUAUUAAUUAGUGACAGAUUGUGCAAUGAAUUUGUAUAGGACAUAUCACCUGUCUUAAUUUGGUAAACGGGUGUAUUUAAUAAUAGCGAACGGCAGCCAAUAUGAUAAGAUUAACAACUUUUUAUAUAGUCCGUCCAACAGAACUGUAUCGUUUUAAUACUCUUACUCAAGUUUUACUUAAUUUCUAAAUGUAACCUCAGCAAGAGUACAAUUAACUUAAUUUUCGAUGAGCGCCCCAUUUAAGUUGCUCGUUUGUCAGUUUAUGGUACUUUCAAUAAAAUAAGGUGUUUCAUGAAUAAAGUAUUUAUACUAACUAAUACUCCAGAAGAACCAUGUUCAAAUAAUUAUUUAGACCAUAGUAGGUUUACUAAGUGUUAAAAUCAUGCAAUUUAAAAUAUUUUUUAUUAUAUACUUUAGUUUCGAAAUGCAAUAUUUUCUUCUUUAAUUGUUUGACUUCUAAUUUCUGUAAAUAAAAUGCAUAAAAUAA